AUGGACUCCGACGAUUCUGAAAGCGACUCGCAGACUCCAGAGAAUGGGGGGGGGGCCAAGUCAGUACAACGACACGGCAAGGGCAUCAAUGUCAAGUUCGACUUCUACCCCCUCGACAAGUCCAAAGGCAAGCGACGAUCUGACGCAAAGCCGUUAUGCGCUUCAUCGAAGCUAGCGAUACACGAGGACUUCCCUUUGCUUGACUUUCUUACGCAUCUUCUGGCGGAAAUCAACCAUUUCGAGUUGCUGUCCUGCAGCAGACUUGUUCGUCUCGCUCGGCUUCAACCAGACUCUCCGGACUUGUCAAAUAGCUUUGAACUCCAGUAUUCUAUCUUCGGAACUUCUGACAAAAAUAUCAAUAUCACUUCUGUGGCUGCGUACCAAACCAUGAUCGAGGAUGUAGUCAGGCGACGUCAGCCACAACUUGUCGUCAAGCUCACCGAGCUCCCUGUUGAACAGGAUGCUGAAGACACCGAACACAUAGAGGCCGAUGCCACGACACCCUUGCAUGAAAACCCCGUCGACGAAGUUGACGAGUCAGAACAGCCACCCUCAAAGAAGUCAAAAACUGCUGCGGCAUCGUGGGCGACGUUCUGGGUCAAUCAAAAGGAAGGUGUCGACCUCGAGACCCCGCCAACCGGCGGCAUAUUCAAUUUCAGCGCCACUCGUGAGGCUAAUGAAGACAUCACCGAUAUCAAUCUUCUCUCCAGCCGUCAACUCCAAGCUGCAACAAAUCGAUCACCGAACGUCGAGAUCAGCUUCAACGGGCUUGCCGAAACCAUCAAGGCCCUUCGUAACGACGCCACUCACCCACCCAAUCAAGCACCUAUCACACCUGCUCCCGACAUCCUUCGCUUGCCUGCUGUGCCUCCGCCUAGACUACCACCACGCUUGGGCCUGGCAGACUUUGGCACGCAGUACACUAUCUCCGCAGAGACCAUCACACAACUUAGGCUUAUGAAGGUUGUUGGACCUCAUGUGCUACGUUUACUCUCAAAGGAGGAUUUGUUAGCAGAGGGCUUGUCGCGGGGGCAGGUUGCUGAGGUCCGCGACGCGGAGGAGCGAUGGAUGAAGGAUAUUGCUACGGUGCCGUGGCGGUGCCACAUGCGUGUUCUCAUUCUCAGAUUUCUUUGUUCACACGCGCUCUCUCGUACUUAG